AUGUUAGAGUCAAUAUCCAGCAAAGAAUUAAGAGGCUAUUUGAGUAAAAGAGAAAAAAAAAGAUGCAACGCGAUACUUGACCUGACUCGAAUUAUUAGUCCAGAAGAAAGGUUAGAAUUGUAUUUA